AUGGCGCCGUUCGCAGACUUUGUUUUCGAAAUAGCGCAAAGACUGGCCGAAUUGGGACCAGACUUAGCUGAGACGUUACUCAUGGAAGCAGUGAUCGUCUUUUCUGAGAGACCAGGACUACUAGAUACGUACAGAAUACAGGAAACUCAGGAAGUCUAUAUGGAUGCUCUUCAACAGUACAUUGACGUAAAAAGACCAAGGAAUUUCACACUCUUUCAUCGUCUCAUUGCCAUUCUUGGAGAUCUGCGAAGAUUCUGCACAGAGCAUGUGAAUGCCUCAUCUUCAAACAACGACUACGAUAGCAUCAUGGAUGUAAAGCCGGAGAAGGCAAUUUUGGAACAAAUAAUGCUGCAGAAAGCCCCACACUUCUCUGCGUAUCAUAUAUCUCGUUGA